UGUUGUUGUUGCUGUAUGUGUAUAUUGAAUAUGAAAGAUAACAAACUAUAUAAAUGUGAUGAAGUUAAUAUGUUCGUGUUCUCCUUAGAUUGUGUUCUUUGUUUUGUUGAUAUUUGAUAUAUAUAUAUUCAAAUGAACAGUUGUUAUUGGUGAGGUUGUGUUUGAAGGUGAGCUUAUCGUACAUUCAACUACAAAUUCCAAAUCAUUUGCUUCGUUCACUUCGGAUAUUUCUGCUUUGCAAUUUUUUGGCGAACCUCAAUCUUUCACUUGGAUUCUUUCAAAGCAAUCGAUAAAUAUGCCUUUUGUGCCGCCAAAAGUUGAGAAGUGUGAGACGUGUGGCAAGUCAGUGUACGCUGCGGAACGACAGGAAGCUGGUGGUCGCAUCUACCACAAACUUUGCUUCAAGUGCACCGUCUGCAAGAUCACUCUCAAGUUAAACAACUACAGUCAGGCUGACGGGGUUCUAUACUGCAAGACGGACUACCAGAAGAACGUGCUAGCUAAAAAUGCGCAAAUAUCCAUGUAACUGUUGCGUCGGCGGAAGAUGAUGGUGAAGAGGACAACGAAGAUGAUGAUGGUGGUGGUGUGGUUGAUAGUUGUGAUGGUUUAAGGGGUGAAGUAGUGAUGAUGUUGAUGAAGAUUAUGGUAAUUAUGAUGGUGAUAGGAUGACGAUGAUAGUGCGGUGGUAAUUAAAAUGACGUUGGAACUGACAAUUUACGAUGUAUUCAAAGCAGUAUUAUUAUUAUUUAAAACUUUAGAUACUUGUGUUUUUUAUGCAUUGUAUGAUAUCGUUUCAAUAUUGUAUCAUGAUAUCUUAUGAUAUUUUAUCCUAUCAUAUAAUAGUUUAUUGUAUUUUUUAUUUUUAUGAAUGUUUUCGAGACUUUCACAAAUUUUUUUUUGUAAACUGUGCGUGUGGGUAACAACAAAAACAAAAUAAAGAAAAACAACAAAAAUACUUUUUACUGUAUUUGUAGAAACUCGUUUAUCUAUUUCCUGAGAGAUAAUUUGAUAUUUUAUUGGUAAUAAAAAUUGUAGUUUUCGAGAUUUAAAA